AUGGCGAAUGUAAAACUGGACGAUUACAAUGUGGGGUCUUAUAUAGGACAUAGAAUGGAGGAGCUUGGAGUCCGUGACUACUUUGUCGUACCAGGGGACACCAACCUGACCCUCCUCGAUAAUCUCCUCGAAAAUCCACGUUUACGAAUGGUACAAUGUUGCAACGAGCUGAACACAGGGUACGCUGCAGAUGGCUAUGCACGUGCGUCGGAGGCGAAAGCAGCGGCGAUUGUCGUCCCAUACAUAGUGGGAGGUCUAUCUAUCCUGAACGCCAUAUCGGGUGCCUGUUCAGAGCGACUUAAGGUCAUCGUUCUGUCGGGCUGUCCACCGACUAGUGUAUUCACCGGCAAUAAAGCAACGCAUCAUACACCGUCGCCCUCUAAUAAGGACCAGGCCCUUCACGCUUUUCAAGGAGUAACAGCUGCGUCAGUACGUGUCGACACUGUGGAAUCCGCCGCAGAUGUAAUUGAUAAUGCCAUCAGUAAAUGUAUACAACAAUCGCUACCGGUAUAUAUCGAACUUCCGAAUGACAUUGCCGGCGCCCCAUGUCGUUUCCCGAUACCCUUAAACCAGAAGGUAGAGGAAGCGACCCAGACAAACAAAGAAGGGGAGGCAUUAGAGGCUAUGACAAACCUAUGGAACUCUUCUCACAGACCAGUACUACUUCUUGGAAGUCAGGUACAAGUAUUGCUUUCGCGAGAUAUCAUCCAAUGCCUUGCUGAGAAACUUGGUUGCCCUGUCUUGUGCCAACCAGACGGGCGUCGGAUAUCGGAAUCCCACCCCCAGUAUUGGGGCACUUUCUGGCCUGGAUUGCUCAACCACGAAGGAGAGAAACUUGUCCUGAGCUCUGAUCUUUGGCUCGCAGUAGGAGUCUCCUGGUCGGACCUACAUACUUCCUCCAUUGACAUAGGGAACGAGGCCCACCGUUUGAUCAGUUUCGACUAUAACAGCGUCGGAAUGCCGGGAGGCAAAGUAAUUACUCCGAUAAGCGUUAGUAAAUUGGUCUCCGCGAUGAUCGAUAGCACCAGCAUUCGCCCAGUGGAAUUUCCUCCUGGCUUCAAACCAAGCCACCCCGCUAGCAUCCAAGCCGAAAUCAAAACUUCUGAUGAUGCAUUGACAGUGCGGAGUUUGCUUUCUGGCAUUCAGAGUCUGGUACAGGAUAACUCCACAUUGGUGGCGGAUUCAGGCGACACAUGGUUUACUGCGAGCCAUAUCAAACUGCCAGCUGGGGUGGAUCUGCACAUGCAACUUCCCUAUGCAUCGAUUGGAUGGAGCGUGCCAGCAGCCCUUGGCGCUCAAGUAGCUCGUCCUCACGGUCGUGUCGUUCUUAUGGUAGGCGAUGGUGCAUUUCAAAUGACGGCCCAAGAGAUAGGCACAAUGAUUCGGAUGAAACUGAAUCCGAUCAUUUUGCUGUUUAAUAAUCUGGGAUACAAGACUGAGACUGCAGUGCAUGAAGGCCCAUAUAACUAUAUUGCGAACUGGGACUAUACCAAGCUGGCUACCUCGUUCUUGGACAAGCCCCAUGCGCAACCUUCUAACCCGUAUGCAAUGGAGAAGUCAGAUCUGGAUGCAAUUCCUGUGUUUGCCAAGAAAAUCCAGACCCAGGCAGACCUCCUGCGGGCAAUAGAGAUGGUCUCCACAGAGAGUGACAAGCUUGCGUUCUUGGAGUGCUGUAUCGAGCCAGAUGAUAUGACGCCAGAGCUGCGAGCCUUGGGAGAGAAGGUAUCGAAAGGGUUUUCGAAAUAA